AAAGCAGUGAAAAACACCGCAUUCCUUUGGCACAGGAUGAAGACCAGCUCAGCUCUUCAGUUGUUGAUCAUUGUCUAUUGUUCUCCAAACAGUAAACCACUAUUUCACACUGAGAUUGUCGGCUGCGGAUAUAUUCCAAUUCCCCGGCUCCUCAUGAAUAUGAAGUGAAGGGCUCUGACCCUGAAAGUGGUAGGUAAUCUCAAAAAACAAAAAACAAAAAAAAGAGAGAGAAAAAAGGUCAGGUAGGAAGAAGAAAACUAGACUUUCUGUGGCUGUAUACUCUUGAAAUCUCCCACAGGUUCUAAGCAGGGCAAAAUGGGGUCUCGGAAGUGUGGAGGCUGCUUAAGUUGUCUGCUGAUUCCGCUUGCACUUUGGAGUAUAAUCGUGAACAUAUUAUUGUAUUUCCCGAAUGGGCAAACUUCCUAUGCUUCCAGCAAUAAACUCACCAACUACGUGUGGUAUUUUGAAGGAAUCUGUUUCUCAGGCGUCAUGAUGCUUAUAGUAGCAACAGUUCUUCUGGUACUGGAGAAUAAUAAAAACUAUAAAUGUUGCCAGAGUGAAAACUGCAGCAAAAAAUAUGUGACACUGCUGUCGAUUAUCUUUUCUUCCCUUGGAAUUGCUUUUUCUGGAUACUGCCUGGUCAUCUCUGCCUUGGGUCUGAUCCAGGGGCCAUAUUGCCGCACCCUUGACGGCUGGGAGUAUGCUUUUGAAGGCACUGCUGGACGUUUCCUUACAGAUUCCAGCAUAUGGAUUCAGUGCCUGGAACCUGCACAUGUUGUGGAGUGGAACAUCAUUUUAUUUUCCAUUCUCAUAACCCUCAGUGGGCUUCAAGUGAUCAUCUGCCUCAUCAGAGUAGCCAUGCAAUUAUCCAAGAUACUGUGUGGAAGCUAUUCAGUGAUCAUCCAGGUAACAGAUUCUCAUGGGCACCUGUAGCUCAUCCAUAUUAUCCCCACUUCCCAGGAUUCAAUGAGGCUUUCUGAAAAGACUCUAGAAUUCCAUCACUUUCCCCCCAUUUCUAUUGCCCUCAUCUUUAUUCAAGCUCUACUAUCUCAUUUUUUUCUGAUAUCCCAAUGUGUCUUGGCUUAUGUAUAAGGGUUGAAUCAACUCAGUAAUUGUAAAAUCUGCAUUUCUUGUUGUAUGGUAAGGCUUCAUAAGUGUUUUGAAUGAGCAAUGUUUUAGUAUUCUACAUAGAGAUAACUCAAAGCAUGAAGAAAUUUUACCAUUUAUCAAGAAUUUCCCUGUUCAUAAGAUAAGCAAAGGCUCCUAACCUUAUCUCAUUGAAAUAACUUCUCUUCUGAAUGCUGCUACAUUCAACUAACAAACCUUUAUCUUGAGUGCAUAGUGAGUGCUUUUGAAGAAGAAGGGAAAUAUGUAUUUAUCCUAUUGAAAUUACUUCUACUUCAUCUGCUAAAAUACUAACGUUAAUUUAGUUAUGGUUGAAACUGCUAUCAACAAGUCCAGUGAGAAGAAAAAUUAUGAAUGAGAUCUCUUGUAUUUUGUUUAGCAACAUAGAAUGUGUAAUACCUUUCCUACAAAUUUCUAAGAGAUGUGUUUCUGUUCUAUCAUAUUUUGAAUAUGAAAUAUAAGUUUAUGUUGCUACCUGGGUUAUGGAUUACUAAUCAAGCCAAGUUUAUAACUUUAAUCACUUUGUUUUUCCUUUUUUCCUAUAGCCUGGAAUCAUUUGAAUAAGGACAAAAAUGUUUUCCAUUAUCAAGACAUGGCCAUCUAUCUAAAUAUUAUAUCAACUGUGUAGACUUAAGGACAAUAUUGAAAUGAUGGUGCUUUCUCCAUUUGGUGUUUAUUUGUAAAAUUUGCAGUCCUCACUGCACAUGCAAGUAUGCCACUCUUUCAUUUAGAAUGUUUUUUAAGCAAUAUGCAUCAGGAACUUCAGAAAUAUUUCUGCCCUUUGAUCAAACAAAUCCAUUUCCAAGAAUCUAUACUAGGGAAGUAAAUAAGAAUAUGAGAGAAAACUUUAUGCAAAUAUGUAUAUUGCAGCAUUAUUUAAUAUUCUAGAAAAUUAGAAACACCUCAAAAUUCUAAAUUCAGAGGAAGGAUUAAGUAAAGAGUGGUACAUACUGUAAAUGCUUUCUGAUACUAAAAAUAAAGUAAAUAAAAAAUAAAGAGUACUAAAUGGUUGUAAAAUUAUAGUCAUUACAAAUUAUGUUUUUGAAAUUAUAAAUACUAAAUCAAAAAACAGGUCACAAAUUCAUGUUUACAGUAUAACUAUUUAAAGCAAAUGAAGCACUAAUAAUCAAAAUUUAGGAUGAAACUAAAUCUAAAAGGAAAUAUAACAAAAUGCCAAUUAUGCUUGGUUUGGGGCAUUGAUGGCCCUUCUUCCCACUUUUCUAUAUUUUCCAAGAUUUCUUUAUUGAAUAUGUUUUACUAUAAAUAUUUUCUAAACUCAUAUUUUCACUAUUAAAUUUUUUUUAUUUUUCCAAACUUUAAGGCAUAUGCUCUUUCCACAUUCCUCAACAUUAUUUGCAAACAUCAUGAAAUGACACUUCCAUUCAACAUUCAAUGAGGAAAGUAGUGAUAUAGAUAAGCCAAAAAGAGUUUUAUAUAAACUUAUACAAUCUAAACUCUUGCUCUUCCUUUCUGACUCCUAAUGGUGAGUGUGAUGGACUAGAAGAGGUAGCCUUAAAAUAAGUGAGCAGCUAGGGAACAUGCUCAAUGGGCAAGAGAAAAUGACCACUGACCAGUCAAUACCUGUGUCGGGGGAGGUACCAGUACCUAUAUUUAUUUUUAAAGUAAUUAAAAAGUAGAACACUUACAAAUUUUCCACCUAUACAUGCCAUGACUUCCUCCGGGACAGUAGCCACAUCUUAUAUUUUCCCACCAUCCAUAGGACCCACUACACAGUGGAGCCAGUAGGCACUCAGUGUUGAAUGCUCAUACCAGGUUUUCUGCUUCCUGUAGUUACGCUGCUGAACACCGCUUCCAUCACAGGUGCACUGGGCCUCAACACUUCUGCUAUUUCCCCAUUUGUCUCCUCCAUGGACACUGUCAACAAUGGUCUGUCAACACCUGCUCUGUGCCAAAGCCAGGGAGUAGGCUGGGGGGAUACGGAAGAGAAUAUCUUUCUCCUUGAUGCCUGCUGCGCCAACAGCUGCCUUUAAGCCCUGUUUACAGCUUUUGCUGAAACAAGCAUCUUGAAAGCAAGCCAUGUUGUAUACCACGUGACCUUCAUGCUCUGGGACCAGCUGACUGAACUGGGGCAAGCCCCAGAGUCUUCGGCAGCCUAUUGUCUUGCUAAUGGCCUCUGACUUAGGAUGGAGUAAAAGACUAUCCAAGCAAGACUGGUGGUUAUUCAAGCAUGAGAAUUUGAACUAGGAAGCCAAGAAUGAAGCAACUGGAGUAUUACCAUCAAAAAGUGGUUAAAGGAUGAAGAAGGAAGCCAAUAUUUAGAGAGAGUAUCUGGUUCAUUUUAAUAACGGUAUCCUAUUAAAAGGAAGAUAUGUGAACUUCUGCUCCAAAAGUUCCUAAAACUGCCUUUGCCCACAGUGACAGUGUACACUAGGCCUGGUUUCUGUUCUUGGAUUCCUAGAUAGUCUUUCUUCUUUGUCACUGUGCUGAUCAUUUCAGUAAACCCCACCACUAAAUCAGUGCAGCUCUGCCUAUUGCAACCAAAAUGACCGAACCAAAGUCUCCCUUUUCCAGAUGUUGGGUUGGAGGGAUGCUAAGACAAAGAUGCUUAGGCUCCAAAGUUUUACGGAGCUUCAUUCAAUAACACUUUAGUUUCCAAAGAACUUAAACAUGAGAUCCGAAGGACUUGGGCCAGGAGACAAAACCACGCUACAAACACCAUGUUGUACUCAGAGUGACCUCUCCUCUCUGACAGCCCAGGAUUUCUCUAUCAAGUCCGUAAGCUAGUCAUAUCCAGGACCAUCUUGUUAAAGAUUCUCCCAGAGUCUCCUCAGCCCUCUUGUAAAUAGACUUCUGGAAGGUCCACCUCAUCGGUUUGUCAGAUAUUUUCAGACUGUCUAUCUCUUGUUUAGAUUCAGCAUGGCACCAUACAUUGAAUGGACUAUGAAUAGAUGUUUGCUGAAUGACUCCAACACAGCAUUGGACACAUCAGGGGUACAGCCAAAUGCAGCAUGAUAUCUCUAUCAGGAAAAUUAAAUUUUAACACAGCCACCAAAUAUUCUAUAUUUGAAGAGUAUAUGCUAAUUAUGCAAUUUUAAGUAAAAAAAGCUGAAUACAAAAAAGCUGAACACAAAAAAAGCUGAAUAUGUGUGUUUCAUAUCCUUGUGAAUUCAAAGUAAAAAGGAAAAAAACUCAAAAACCAAAUAUAUGUAUACAGUUUGAAGCCAAAUUUUUAAUUAAGUAACCAUAUAAUUACAUGUAGACAUGCAUAAACCUUCAGAUAUGUAAAGACCAGAAAAAUAUUUAAAAGUUAAUAGUUACAUCAUCUGUGGUCAUAACACCCUGAAAAUGCCUAAUAUUGGAAGCUUAAGCAGGAUUGGGCCAGGUUAUUACUUAGAUGGGAUACCAGAUGCUAUAGGCUGAAAAAAGAAAGCGUAAGUAUAUACAAGUUAAUACUUAAUAAUUAUCUCCUGAUGAUAGGACUAUGAGUUAGUUAUAUCUCUUUUAUUUACAUUGUUCAGUAUUUUCAAAUUUCCCUUUGAAAAUGUGUUAUGUACCUGAAUUAUUAGAAAAAAUAAAUGUCAUUUAAAAAGCAA